AGUCAGAUUGAAUCUACUUUUGCUUCCUGAGCCGAAACACAUAGGGAAUACACAGAAAUGAAAAUGAGGAUUUCUUUACACAGCCUUGCCUUACCCCUAGCACUGGGGUGUAGCUGUUUAUCUAAGUCUGUAAGUGGUGCUAAAGCAGUAACAGCCUCUCAUUGGUGCCUCAGAUAUUUUGCAAUUUCCUAGUCUGAAUGUUUUUGCAAGUGUAGGGCAAUGUGAAGAGAGGUAGGCUUCCCCCCCGGUCAUUACGAGGCGACGUGUGCCAAGGUAAGCAAGAUAAACUGUUGAACAAAGUGCAUCUGCAAUUGAAUGCUGCUGGUUUUCACUGAAGAGCAGGGUGGGGAGAGCACGCUUGCAGAAGCCUUGGUCUCUGGGGGUUCUGAAGGCUCGAAAAAAACACAAAUCCCAAAAUUUUCACCAUGAAGUGCGCUAGAAGUGUCUUCUGUCUUCUCUUCUUUCAUGCUGCUCUCAGCCUGGAACGUAUCCGGUGGUGCACUGUUUCUAAGCAAGAACUUUCCAAGUGUUAUGACAUGAGUAAGGCCUUUGGCAGGGCUGGCAUCCUUCCGCCUCUACAGUGUACAGAGGGGGGGUCAGCUGCUAACUGCACCCAGAUGAUCAAGGAUCAUUUGGCAGAUGCAGUGACACUGAAUGGUCGUUUGAUUUACCAGGCUGGAAAGGAGCAUGGUCUGAAACCUGUGGUUGGGGAAGUGUAUGAUCAAGAGAUUGGAACUUCCUAUUAUGCCGUGGCUGUGGUAAGGAAGAGCUCCAACAUCACCAUCAACAGCUUGAAAGAUGUCAGAUCAUGUCACACAGGCAUCAACAGAACUGCAGGCUGGAAUGUGCCAGUGGGUUAUCUAAUUGACAGUGGGCGUCUGGCAGCAAUGGGAUGUGACCUUCCAACAGCUGUAAGUGACUAUUUCAGUGCAAGCUGUGUUCCUGGAGCAAACGGUGCAAACUAUCCCACAUCCCUCUGUCAGCUCUGCAAAGGAGACUUGACUGGGCAGAGCAAAUGUGAACAGAAUUCCCAAGAGCAAUACUACGACUACAGUGGGGCUUUCAGGUGUUUGGCUGAAGGUGCUGGAGAAGUUGCUUUUGUGAAGCACAGCACAGUGCCUGAAAAUACAGAUGGAAGAAGUCUGUCUUCAUGGGCCCAGCGGCUUCGCUCCCAGGACUUCCAGCUUCUGUGUCGCAAUGGUAACAAAGCCGAUGUGACAGAGUGGAGGACCUGCCACUUGGCCCGAGUCCCAGCUCGCGCUGUGGUUGUGCGGCCUGACACGGAUGGGACAGUCAUUUUCCAUCUCCUGAACCAGGGACAACAAAGAUUUAAUGGGGCGGGCACCCAGUUUCAGAUGUUUGACUCCGCAGCCUACGGUGCACAGAAUCUUCUGUUCAAAGACUCCACCACAGAGCUCGUUGCAAUCACAGAUCAGAAUUACCAGGCCUGGCUGGGUGAUAACUAUCUUCAUGCCAUGCAAGCUCUGAGCUGCGACCCCAACACAUUGCCAGAAAGCCUGAACUGGUGUGUUGUAUCCACUGAAGAAAUUUGGAAAUGUGGUGAAAUGGCUGUUGCCUUUAAGAAAAAGAAUUUGAAACCAGCAAUUCAGUGUGUUUCAGCCAACACUAAGGAAGAGUGCAUGGAGCUGAUCCAGAAAAAGGAAAGCGAUGCUGUAGUUCUCGGUGGAGCUGAUAUUUACACAGCUGGGAAGAUACACGGCCUUGUACCAGCCGCUGGAGAAAGUUACUCUGCUGAUGACAACAGCAGUGCAUACUAUGCUGUGGCAUUAGUGAAACGAAAUCUGACCAAUGCAUUCACCAUCAGUGACCUGAAAGGGAAGAAGUCCUGCCACACAGGAGUGGGGAGAACUGCCGGGUGGAAUAUCCCCAUUGGUAUACUAAUUAAGAGGGGUAUUAUUAAGACCAGAGACUGCAAUAUUCCUCAAGCUGUGAGUGAGUUUUUCUCUGCCAGCUGUGUGCCUUCAGCUGAGCAGGACAGUUACCCAUCAAAACUCUGUCAACUAUGUAUUGGAGAUGGUAGUGGAAACAAUAAAUGCAGUGCAAGUAGCCAAGAGCGUUACUACAGCUACAGUGGAGCCUUCAGGUGCUUGGCACAGGACUCUGGGGAUGUGGCCUUCGUGAAACACUCGACAGUGUUUGAGAACACAGAUGGUAAAAACACUGAUAGUUGGGCCCAAAACUUGAAGUCCAGCAAUUUCCAGUUACUGUGUCCAAAUGGUGCCCGUGCUGAAGUCACCCAGUUUGCUGAGUGUCACCUGGCUCAGGUGCCAGCUCAGGCUGUUAUGGUUCACCCAGACACCAGCGUCUUUGCCCUAUAUGGACUACUGGACAAAGCCCAGGUCUACUUUGGAAAUAGCAGCAAUGGAAAUGGAUUCAAAAUGUUUGAUUCUUCAGCUUUUCAAGGAAAAAACUUGAUCUUUAUGGAUUCUGCUGUUGCAAUCGUGCCAGUAGGAGAGAGGAGGACAUAUGCAGAAUGGCUGGGGAGUGAAUAUAUUGAGUCCCUUGAAGGGAUGCAAACACCACAGUGCUCUGGAGCAAGUAAUAAGAUAAGACAAUACCUACUCAUGGCUACUGUCAUUCCCCUACUUAUUUUAUGUCAGACACAAUGCUCAGACUAGCGUGGUCCAAAUAGUAACACCCAGAUCACCUCUGCCCUACCAUCUUUUGUUCGUAGCAGCCAUUUGGAUAAUACAUUGUGCUGACAUUCGAAUGCCUCUUCCUGCCUCUUGCAGGGCACGUGCUAACAGCACUUGCUUGUCAGGGGAGUGGGCUGGGGCUGGAAGCUGCCCCUGUCUGCGUGGAUGGGGUGGGAUUUGGGGCAGAGGCCAGCAAUGCAGUGUCAGCGUGGUUUACAAGACCAGUCAAAAACUGGGGCAUCUCUGCCUUUUUUGCUCAUGUUGAACCACCCCUGGCUGGAGGAUUCCCAGGUGGUGUUAGAUGAAUACCGAGUUUCUGGCCUGUAGAAGAAUUUCUGCAUCUUGGAGAGCUUUAUCAAAAAUCUUGUUUAGUGAAUUCCAUCUGGCCUCUUGGCUGGUUAUGUUCAGACUCCUACAUCCCUGCUUAUCCUAUCCUACCCUUGCUGGGGGCAGCAGCUCCUCCUGAGCUCUGCUGCCAGGUGAGUGCCCAGACGACAGGCUCUGGACAGAGACAACCUGCAAUCCAGAACACAGCUUCAGCCACAGGCAAGCCCCCCCCCCUCCAGCAGAAGAAUGUAGGGGGAAUCUCUAAAGACAGUGGAUGACAAGGCCACAGAUUCUUGAAGGGGACCACCUGUUGGCGGAGAAAAGAACAAAGCCAAAUGUGUGCAUCCACUGAGCUUGCUGACUUUCCUCAACCAAUACUCACUGCUUGGGAGAGAUGCCUAUGACCUUCAAUUUGAUGCAGUCUCCAUCAAGAAACUUGUAUUUGUCCUCCUUCUGUCCACGUGGGGUUACCUUGAGUGCCUGUGCAUGAAACUUGUAUUUCACUGUCAGUGAAAACGGUUCACGUUCUGAUUAACAGUCUCUGUAUUUACUGGUUUGUAGCAUUCAGGUUUUAUCCGUAGCUGCAAUAACAACAGCUGUUGCUGUGUUGCUGGCAGGCAGCAUCCUCCUCACUACGGCUACUACCCCAUGAUCCUGGGAUCAAAAGACAUUCAGUGUAAUAAAAAACUUACAGAACCAGAUGAUAAUAAUAAUGUAAAUAAGCGAAAUUAACAAAUAAACAUGAGAAUUAUAGUUCAUCCGGA